AUGCUUCCUGACAAGCUCGGGCCUUACGUCACGACCGAGUCUCAUCCUCUCUCUAUCGAGCAGGAUGAGAAUACGUCCGUAUUCAUGUCCGCAACCAGCGGUGCAGUCCCUGACAUUGUCGUCACAAUGGCCAGGCACAUGACCCUGUUCGCCAGCCAUGUUGCUAUCGAACAUCACCAAGCCCGCUCCCGCGCUGGACUUGAGCUGCCUCCCAUGACUUUCACCUUCCAGCAAGUGAACGACGCCAGCGACCGCAUUGCCCGAGCUAUCUUGGACCAUGGCGCGCAGCAUCCUGUCCUUCUCAUCAUCUCGUCCAAGCAUCCGGCUGCCUAUGUUGCCAUGCUGGCCGCGCUCAAGCUGGGCCUCGCCUUUGCUCCCAUCGAUCCCUAUUCCACCCCCAUCGCCAGACAACUCGCUGUCCUCAAACAAAUCCUCGACAACGUCGCCUCGCCCCACAUCUCGGCCCCGCUCGUCACCCUCAUGGAUCGCGAGAAUUUCCAAGCCUUCUCCAACCACAUGUCGGAGCAGCGUCAUUCCGCUCUGCCCCUCAAUGUCCUCAUCCUAGAGGACCUUCUCGAUUCUGCCAUCCAGCCAGAGCAGGACACCUUCAUCCCCUUCUUCGCCAAACACCUCGACCCAAGCUCGCCAGCCUACAUCAUCUUCACUUCGGGAAGCACCGGAACGCCCAAGGGAAUAGUCAUGUCGCGCACGGCCCUCUCGGCUGGCAUCCAUUCGCUCACCAGACUCGUCCCGCGCUCUUCUCAAGCACCCAACAAGAUGAUCCAAUUCUCUCCCAUCCACUUUGACGUUUCACUCCUCGAAAUAUUCUACUGCUUCGCUCCCUCCUCGAUCCACGCAGAGCAGGCUCCAUGCACGCUCGUCUCAGCCCCUUACCUCUCCAUGCUUCAAGACCUCACCUCUCUCUUCGUCUCGGCUUCGAUCACGCAUGCUUGCCUCACUCCCACCGUCGCAACGCUCGUCGAUCCACACAGAUGCCCCUCUCUAGUCUUCCUCGCCUGCAGUGGCGAGGCGGUCCCCGAUGCUUUGGUACAGCGCUGGAUCAAGGCCUCUCACCUCGGAUACAGCGCCACCGAGCUUUGGGGCGGAUACGGUCCUAGCGAGACCUUCUUCACCUCGCUCCGCCCGCUCACAGCCUCCUGGAUCGACAGCGUCCCGCACCUCUCUCAGCCCAAAGCCACCGCCAGCAAGGUCCUUGGCCCUCCUCUCCCCAGUUGCCACUACGCCGUGCUGCACCCACAGACCAAUCGACCGGUCCCCAUCGGCCAAGUUGGAGAGCUCUGGGUCGGCGGUCCCCAACGACAUGGAUCUCCGCUCCUCGGCCACAUCAACGCUGAAGGGCCAAAGGUUGCAUUCUUGAACACUGAAAGUGAAAGCAUUGAGCCCGUCAACAGCUCCAGGAUCGAUCACAUCGCAAUUGCGGUCGAGCAAGGCACUGACGUCAGAAUCUGUAGGGUCCUGCAGAGGCUGAUGGCUUUUCACCGCUUCUUCUGCCAUGGGGAGGAUGACAACGAUCUCGAAGCCGGUUUGACGGUGGAACAAGCAGAGACCGGCAUGCGCAUGUUUACUCUUCUCUCAAGCAGCGACAUGGCGAAGGAUAAUAUGCGUGGCUCUCAAUUUGGUCAACGCAAUCACCCGUCCGACUUCUACUUUGCCAUUGUCGAGCCGAAGGAGGGCAAGAAAGGGCAAGUGUAUGACUUCGUACAUAGACACGGCGCGAACAUUCAACAUGUAGCCUUCAAGACGGAGGACAUUCUCGCCGACGUCGCUCAAAUUCGAGCUCAAGGCGGCUUGAACCUGAUCCGUGCCGGUCCAGCAGCCGCCGAGCACAGCCUGGCACUGACAGCAUCGUUCCCUGACGCCUUCGAGCAGGUUGUGCGACUUCAUCAGGAAGGCAUCCUCGUCAAUGCGCGCAUUCAAGACGGUCGAGAAAAGCCCGAGGUAGCUCUGCUCUCGCAGAUCUUCACAGGCCCCGUUCACCCGCAGGCCGAACUGUUCUUUGAGCUCAUCCAGAGACAGAACUAUCGCGGCUUUGCCUCGGCCGACAUCGGGGGGCUCUUUCAAGCAAAGGGUGAGACCGUGUCGUCGCUGUAUGUCGACGAAAUUCUCGCACCCUUGCGACUUAGGUCCUGGGUGGACGAAAAGGCACGGAACGGCGUCAACGUCGACGUUGUCCAUCUCAAAUGCAUCUCCGAGGAUGCCUUGGGCCGAUUCCUCGAGCAUAUCACGAGACCUUUCGAUGUCUUCGUUUCCAGCUUCGUGCCCAUCACGGAGCGCAUUCUCGCUUCUCUACCCUCCACCUCUCUGCCAAAGCUGGUACAGGCUCAAGGUGCUGGCUUCAACCACAUCGAUCUGGCAGCCUGCCAGCAAAGGAGCAUCGCGGUUGCCAACAACGCCGAUUGGUGCUCGAAAGAGGUAGCAGAGUACUGUCUCACUGCCAUUGUGAAUAAGUGGACACAACAGAGCGCCAUCGAUGUUCGAAACAUCGAUUGGGAGAGAGACCCGCACACUCUGCAACGACACUCGUUGAGCCAGGCGCACCUUCUUAUCGUUGGCUACGGGGGCAUCGGAAGCCAUCUGGCAGACCUGGCCCAGAGCGUCGGCGUGCAGGUGCACGUCUACGACAACUGCCGCCCCGAGCUCUGCCAUGCAUCGCUGGAGACAUUGCUUGCUCUCGCCGACUUUGUCUCCAUUCACGUGCCCCUGACUCGGGAAACGAAAGACUUGUUCGGCGAGAACACGAUCGCUUGCAUGAAGCCAGGCUCGUGGCUGAUCAACACGUCCCGUGGAAACAUCGUCAACGAGGAAGCCCUUUUACGUGCGACCAAAUCCGGAAAGAUCGCUGGGGCUGUAUUAGAUACCCCAGCAACGGAAGAACGCUUGUCUAACUCGGCUUCCGACGCAAGCAUGCUUAGCUCGCGGGCUAGUUCGCCGUCGACGGCGCUGACAAGCGCGAGCCCCGAAGGUGACACGCGCACAAUGCGCGACAUCUUUGACUCUGUCAACAAGAAAAGGCUUGAGGAAGGUAUCGAGGUCUUCAACCUCUCGGCUGGAAUGGUUGAGGUAGAGCCGUGCCCAGAGCUCUUGCAGCAAGCUGCCUUUGCGGUGCUAUCUCCCCUUUGCUCGAGCAAGGAGGUGCCCUGGCUGCACAUGUACAGGGAACGCAAAGGAGACGCGGUGCUCAGACAAGAGCUCGCCAAUCUGCAUUCUUCAGGGAGAUAUGGUCCAAGAAAGCAGAAUGUCGAUGCAGGCAACGUCCUGAUCUGCAGCGGUGUCUCGGCAGCAAUCGCGAGUAUUUUCGGGGCUUGGCGAUCCAACCACGGUAGUCAAUACCGCCCUAGAAUCGUCCUCUUCGUACCAUACUAUACAUACCACAUGGAGAUCGCGAACGGAAUUUUUGGGAAGGAGGGCUACGAGCUCGUGACCGUUCAGAUGAAGAUCGACCCACAACUGGGUUGCACCCACGAUCGACAGGCGACAGAAGCGAUCCUCUCUGACGAACGGGGAGGUGCAGAUAUCUGCAUCAUCACCAAUCCCCACAAUCCUAGCGGCAGCGUACUCAGCGAGGACGACGCUGUGUGGUUCGAGGGUCUCGUGCGCACAUACAAACGCACGUGGUUCAUCUCGGACGAAAUUUACGCGGACAUGGUGUAUACGCGCCGAGACGGUGUGCAUCGAUCAUUGUGCGUACCCGAGGCCGACAACCUGUUUGUCGCCUAUGGGUUUAGCAAGUCGUUGGCGAUCGGCAGCUGGCGCAUAGCCUACGUUAUGCUCCACUCCGAGAGCCUAGAUAUGAUCGCCAAAGAGCACGACCGGCUCUACAUCUCUGCGCCCUGGACCCAACACGCGCUCGGCACCUACCUGACGUCAAACAUCGACGCAUUCAACCGGUUCAUCGCCGCCUGGCACGAGAGGCUUUCGCACGACGCUCACAUCAUAGGCAAAGCUUUGACCCUGGCCUUUGGCUGGAACGUGAUCAAGGCAAGCGGCGGCAUGUAUCUGCUCGUACGACACGACGAGGCAAACGACUGGGACGCGUUCCAAGUAGCUCUGGACAAAAGCGUCGCUGUGGCCCCAGGAUGCCUCUUUGGGCUUGAGCACGGAUACAUUCGCGUGCAUCUCGCCUUCAGCCAGGACCAGGCGCGCCGUGUCGCGGCAAAGCUGGCGCCAUAG